AUGAGUGAGUGGGAGAUUGUCACAUUCAAUGUGAAAUAUGGUGGGUACUGGGUUAAGAAUCUGGCAGGAGAUGUUGGUUAUAUUGGUGGCGAGGUUAAAACUCUCGAAGGAAAACCAGAGGAUCUUUAUGUUAUGCUUGGAACUGAGUUUAGGCAUGGAUUGUAUGGACAAAGUUUAUGGUAUAAGCUACCAUUUGAAGAUCAUAAAGAUCGAAAGAUACUGGGUAAUGAGGAUCCUAGUUUUAGAAGGAUGUGUGCUGCAGGCAGAUGGACAGGCGUUGUGAAUGUGUUUCUAGUGAACACAAUAGAGCAUCCGCGUGAUGAGGAGCAAGAAGUUGCAUUUGAUGAAGAUAUUCGGGUUGAAAGGAAUGUGGCUGGUUUUGUUGAUGAAGAAGAAGAUUUUGACUACCAUAACACGCCACCGAACUCUGAUGGUGAAGAAGAAGAAGAGGAGAGCUUUGUGAGAUUCAGAAGAGGUAGCGGUCAUCUGGAGCUAAGACAACUUUUUGACACUGUAGAGGAGUUCAAAGAUGCAUUGGUAGAGUAUGCGCUCAAGGAAGGACGGAAUAUCAAACUUAACAAAUGGGAGAAACUCAAGUCUUCAGCUGUGUGUGCGACUGAAGGGGGCUGUCCAUGGAGGAUAUAUUGUUCUUAUGAAGAGCGACUUGGAAAGUGGAUGGUGAAGACAUAUUUUGAAGAACAUAGCUGUCAGAAGGAUGGACAUAGCAGGAUUCUAAAAGCUCCCGUGAUCACGAAGCUGUUCUUGGAUGAUAUUAGGACUGAUCCAGACAUGAAACCAAUGGCUAUACAACGACAAAUUGAGCAGAGGUUCAAUUUAAUUACAACAAUCGACAAGUGUAAAAAGGCCAAGGCAAAAGCCAUUGAUAUAAUAAACCGUGACUAUGAAGAACAGUUCUCAAGGCUGAAAGAUUAUCGGUUAGCAAUCCUUGAAAGUAACCCUGGAUCAACUGUGGAGCUAGACACUGUGAUAAAUGAUGAAGGAUCAGAAGUCUUCCAAAGGUUCUACGUGUGUUUUGCUACCAUCCGAACCUUAUGGUCAAUGUGGUGUCGUCCUAUCUUCGGACUUGAUGGGUGUUUUAUGAAAUCCACACUGAAAGGACAGUUGUUGGCUGCGGUGGGAAGAGACGCCAAUAAUGGUAUGUAUCCUAUUGCUUGGGCUGUUGUUGAUGUGGAGAAUGAGGACAACUGGAUAUGGUUUAUAUCAAAGCUGCAACAAGAUUUUAAUCUACAAGCGGGCCAAGGUUAUACUGUCAUAUCUGAUAGACAAAAGGGGUUGUUGAAUGCGGUUGAAAGGAUAUUACCUCAUGUAGAACAUAGGAUGUGCGCGCGCCAUAUAUAUGGAAACUUGAAGAAGGCCUUUCCAAGUCAACAUGAGAUGAAGAAUCUGUUUUGGGCAGUAGCUGAGAGCUGCACUACUCGCCAGUAUGAAGCUAGUCUUGAAGCUGUUCAACGCUAUGAUAUGCGUCUAUUCGCGGCCAUCAUGGAAAAAAAUCCGAAGAACUGUAGCCUUGCCUUCUGCUCUCCAAAAUCAUCAUGUGUGGAUGUGCACAACAAUAUAUCUGAGUCAUUCAACAACGCUAUUGAUCCAGCAAGAUAUAUGCCUAUGGUGGAGAUGUUGGAGACUAUAAGAAGAUCAUCAAUGAUACGCAUUGACCUGAGAAAUAAGAUAGCAGCAAAUACUACAAGUCGUUAUCCUUCUCGAGUAAUGGAGGUAAUCAAGUAUGAGCAGGAGAAACUAAAGUUCUGUAAGAUUAUUCCAGGUGGUGAUGGGCGAUGGGAGGUCCGUGAGUCUAGUGUGUCACAUAGUGUCAAUCUGAGGUUAAGGACUUGCGCAUGUCGCAGAUGGGAUUUGAGUGGAAUACCUUGCCGCCAUGCCUUACGCAUCAUCGCAGAGAAGAAGCUCAACUACGAAGACUACAUCUCAGCUUGGUUCCUCAACUCUAGGCAACAACAGAUUUAUAGUGACUCAAUAAGACCGGUUAAUGGCAUGUGUUUCUGGAACAAAAAUGGUCAUUUGGUUAUUCCACCCCCAAGCUUGGUGGAUCAAACUGAGAGCAGAAAGGGGAGAAAGCCAAAACCAAAGAGGAAGAAGGGAAAGAAUGAAUCACCAACUAAGAAAAGGAAGGUUAGUAGAGAGAAAAGGACUAUGCAUUGUGGUAGAUGUGGGGUUGCUGGCCACAAUGUCACAAAGUGUUCAAACAUAGGUGUGCCAAUGCAUAGGCCACCAAGGAAGAGAGCAACAAGGACAAGCGAAGAUGCGCAAGAUACAAGAAAUUUGGAUUUUGGAGAGGGGCCAAGUCAAGCAACACAAGACUAG